CUGUCUUAACGCUGGGGUUUACUUCGGUGAAUGAAACGACAGUAAAAGUAAACUGAGCUCGGGGGAAAAUUGCUUACAUAUUGAUUGUAUAUUUGAAAAGAGGAUAGAAGUUACUUAAAUAACUAAACACGAUGGAUGUCACAGCAGAGGCCAAGCAGAUUAUGGUCCAUGCGUUAAGCAAAAUCUACAGCUCGCGCACUCAGCGCGGUGGACUCCGACUCCACCGGAGCCUGUUGCUGACGCUCGUCAUGAAAUCUGCAAGGGACAUAUACCACUCUGCUCGACUGACAAACGAGAAAAUGGGGCAAUCCGACACGCUCAGUGUCACAGAGAACACAUCGCAAACAGAGGAGCCCAUGGACACAACGAGCUCCACGACAACACCUCUGCGCGCGACAGCGACACAGUCCACCGAGGAUGAGCAAAGGUCCGGACUCGAGGGUCAUGUGCAUCUACACAACCCCGCAGGACCCACGGUGGACAAAGAAAACUGCAACCCAACCAGACCGGACCGUCACUCCAGAAAGAGACGAAGCAAAACAGCCACAGAUCCUGACUUCAUUCCGUGCAAAAAAGCCAAACUGGAGUUUGUGGAGGCCAGAGGAAUUCUUCAGAAUAAUUCCGCCAACUGCGGUAGAGCGCUGGACUCACUGUCAAUUGUACCUAUGCCAAGAACAAUUGUGACAUUUUGAAAAGACAAACAGCAAUGGUACAACACAAUGACAGUGACGUGAACUUUGCCCACUACAGAGGGCAGCGUAUGAGGCGCAUAACUGCUGUGACAUUGAGGGCACUUGACGUGGAGAAGUCAGUGGGUGAUUAUUCACAGUCUAACAAUGUGACAGCUCAUCGGAGAGCGGGUUGUUUUGGGGGAAAAGGUCUUGUUCAAACUGUCUCGUUUCUCUGAUUCAGAGAUCAGGAUAUGACGCGGCGGUGUCUCGACUUCAACGAGAAGUGUUACUGAGAGAACUUCCACGGACAUUCACAUGAACUUUAUCUAUUUAUUUAUUUAUUGGCCAUCUGGCUAUAUCAUGUUUUGUUUAUAGCUGUGUAUGGUGCUGCUGUCACGAUUGUCCAGUUGACACUGACUGGGAUUUUUGUGGUCUCCUUGCUGGAAAACACAAAUAAGCCGUGUUUUGGAACAAUGUAGCUGGUUUCUUGCUGUAACAAGUUGAAACAUUGUAGCCAAGGAUUUUCCAGCAGGUCAACAUGACAUAAGAUAAACAGGCAUUGUAAUGUUAUAUCUACCUCAGUUUUGUACAAUAAAUUAUUCUUUGGUAUAUAA